UUAAGUAGAAGGUAUGCAUGUAUAAAACAAAAUUAUGAGCUGCUUUGUUCCUCAUUGUCGAACGAAAUGGCUCUGAAACAUCAUAAUAUCAUACUCCUUGUAGCACUUACUCUCUGGAGUGCUGACCCUUCAACAUGUAGAGGCUUAGAAAAACCUGUUGAUGUAAACAAUAUAAAUGCAUUAUUGAACAACCCGAACGUAAAGAACGGCAUUUUGAAUGCUGUUUUACAAAAUCAAGGAACUUCAGCCGACAGAAUUCAAGAUAUUAUUAACGCCGCCGAUGGAAAUUUGGAUCAAGCAGUUAGCGGUAUUAAUUCAGAGCUCAAUGCAAACGUUUUAAAUAUUAACGGAGAGGCAGUAACUAUAAAUUCUGCUGCUUUAGGGGGGCUUUUGAAAAGUGCCGUUCAAGCUUCAGUACAAAAGAAACUAUCAAAUGCGCCUGAAUUAGCCGCAGCCUUACAGAGCAGCAUUGAUCAACAGAUCAGCGCAGGAGCAGAUCAGUUUAACGCAGUUGUUGAACUAAGUGCAAUUCCUAUAGAUGUCGCUCAGCAAUCUUUGAGCGUAGAUAGAAGGAAGAGAAGUUUAGACGCGAAAACAUUUGAUCUUGGUCAAAUUGUAUCUGAUUUGGUGUUUAGUAUCCUUCAGACUCAGCUAGGGCCUAUCAUCAAUGGAGUGCUAGACAACGUUAAGGAAAUUUUAAAUGGUCUUUUAAUCGUAACGGGAUCUGGUGAUCCUAUUCUGGAUUUCUUAUCAGGACUUCUGAAUUUCGUAGUUAAAGGGUUAAUUCAAGUGAUAACAAGUAUUCAGCAAACUUUAACUCCAGCUGCAACAAGUUCGUCCACUGCCGCUGAAGCAAGGAGGAAGCGAGAUCUUAUUGGUGACAUAACAAAUGGUAUUGGGGACGUUGUCAAUGGCGUUACCAAUGGAGGGGGACUCUUGGACGGAAUUGUCGGUCCAGUUAUUGCGUUUUUAGCUAACAUUCUGACCCCAGUGAACAAUCUUCUAAAAAGUCUUGUAGCGGGACUUGGAGGGCUACUGCAACCUAUACUAGGGGAUACUCUUCUUACGCCUAUUACGAAUGUCAUAAAUGCUAUAAUUGAUUUGUUAAUACCAGCAAAUCAAGCGUAAUUUUUGAUAUCAUUAGGAAUGUUAUAAGAAAAGGAAUCUUUUAAUAAAUAUAUCGCAUUCA